CUUUCUUUACAUACUCACUAAGGCGCAAAAGGAUAUACACGACCGAUGAAACGUCCCUUGUGACCAAGGCAACAUACAAACAAAAUUUGUACCGGUAAAGUCAACCAGCAACAAACCGCUUGUACAUGUGUACGUACAAGCAACAAACACAAGUCACAACUAUUCUUCCUCAGUGAGGUUUAAAUUAUGGACAGUGAAAAUGGAUGCGAAGCUACUAUUAAUGCAACUGAUAAAAUCACAACCACGGAAAACAGUAUACAGCCCGAUUGCAUCACAAGGCCGGUGGUCGAUGGCCAAAUUCCUCUAUCAACCGCAAUCGAUACAGAAGAAAUCGCAGAAGCAAUGGAAGAAGAUAAGAAAUCGUUUACACGGCGUUCGGGUCAAAAUCCCGAAGAAAGUGUCCCUAACGACAAUGCGGCAUCGACAACGGCGACAGUACCAUCGAGUUCAGAAGCAGAAGCCAAUCGCACGAUGGAGAAGACUCGCAAGGAAUGCCAACCGAACACGGCAGAAGCGACAGAAGAUGAGAGGACACAUACUAGUGCACCGAAACAAUUGGAAUCUCCUGCAGAACAUACAGGUGAUGAUGAUGAUGAUGAUAUUCAGCAAGAAGGCGAAAGCGCUACCCACAACGGAGAUGGGGAUGAGCGAUGUAUCGCGCUGGCCGACGAAAUGGGAGUGGAUCAACCAAUGUCGCAAAUCCGACAAAACGAUGAACAGGAGGAGAGAGAAUCCGAGCAAAGCGUUACAAAGAAUGCAGAUGAUUUGCUUUCGGAUGCAUUCGAGGAAAGACCCUCCACCGAAACUGAAGCUUGUUUCACGAAGAUCGAAGAAAAGGUUUCCAGUGAGAUGAGCCCUGUAAUCGACGGACAACAUAAAGGGCAAGAUGCGGAAAUCGUUGGCUCUUCUGUGUUGUUGCAUAAAAAAGAUGUGGAGCAGUUAAGUUGUGGAACCUUGGAAGAGAAGCUGCAUAGCGAUAGCGAUACACCGGAUAAAGAUGCUGUAGAAGAUGUGUAUAUUGAUACGAAAGAUUUUUAUUUAAAUCCAGAGACCUCAUCAUUAGCAAUCUUUACGCAACCAACGAUUAGUCAAGAAAAUACGGAAGCUGUUAAUAUAAAUUUGGUAAAAAUGUCUGAAGCUUCUGAAGCGGAAGAUACUAUUAUCAUAGGCGUAACAAGUGUAGAAACUAACACAGCAACAUCGAUCGAUACGGUAAAAUCGGAGCCUACUAUUAUUACAAAAUCGCUUUCCGAUGCAGAAUGCAAACGAAGUGAUCCAGUGCAACAGGACUUAACAUCCAGCGAUGAUGUAGAGACAGUUGCUAUUAGCGAUUACGGUAGCCAUGACAGAAUAACUACAGGCAUGGUACAAGCAGCAGAGCAAAUUCCCCUACAUGAUGAAAAAGAUGAAAGGAGCAGAUCAGUAUCACCCUCGGAGGAUAACAGUUUACAGAAGAGCAAUCAUCCGUUGCCGGAACGACCAAUUUCGUGCAGUAAAGAUGUGAAUAUUUCUGUUAGAGAAUGUGUAAAUAUUGAUAAGAAAAUAGAUGAUACACUUACGAACGGCGGUAGCUCUACAGCUUUGAAGGUAGCGAAUAUGAAUGACUUUCGUGCAUGCGAAACGAUGGACCAUGACGCAGCAUUUUCCUAUGAAUUAGUUGGGCAUUCAAUAGUAAAGGAGAAGAUGGCUCAGCAGCUGAUCGUUACCAGUAAUUCGUUAAAACGACGAGCAUCUGACACUCCUAUGGAAGAGGAAGCUGAACAAAGAAGGAGGCGUAUGUCGUCUGGUGAAGUUCAGUCAAAGCAGAUCAAACUGAAUGAAGACAACUUUGCGUUGUCACCAUCUGAUUCUGCUAGAAGAGUCGGCAGGUCAGAAGGUGUUACUGUUGAAGACGUGUCUCCUGGGCGGAACGAAGGAGAAACACGAGAUCUAAGUUACUGUGAACAUCGUGAUCGGUUAAAAACUGCAGUUGGAGUGGAUUUAGAGCACACCGAGCUAGACAACGACAAAAGUCAAGAAUCAGAAAUGCAACAAGUCGAGGAAAACAAGCUUAAUAGUUCAAACGAUUUAAGUAAAUCUUCACUUACCCUUGAGUCAUCAGUUGAGCAGGAUAUGGAACGGCCAUUGACUCCACGUGUUCCAAUAGAACUGGAACAAGCUCGAAAGCAAUGUGCUGAUAAUCCUGUUCGAAUCGAAGAAAAUAAUCUGGAUAAUCAACACGAAGAGCACGAUGGUAAUAGCAGUAGUAGUAGUAACAGCUCCAGCUCAUCGGACAGUUCGUCUACGUCGUCUUCGUCGUCGUCCUCAUCUUCGGAAAGCGACAGUUCGGAUGAUGAGGCAGAGGCAGGACCCGAAGAAGGUAUUUUUUCGGUUAGUCAACCAGUACCGGUACCUGGGCAAUUUCCGGAAACGGAAGCUACCGUCGGAGUGAACGUUGCACCCGUUCCGGUAUCAAUGCGACAACAAGCACCAAUUUCGGAUCACGAAUCAGGAACGGAGGAAAGUUCAAGGGAUAGCACAGCAAUGGAAGUGGACGAAUCGGCGGAAUCGGAUGAUGGACGACCGGGUAAUAACAGGGAGGAUGAAGCAAAAAUUACACGCAGCGAGGGUCUAAAGCUAUCCAUAUCCUUGAAACGUUCAUCAACUGCGGCGACACCAAACAGAAGUGAGCACACACCAAAAUCGGCAAUAUCCGCGAACGCGUCACUUCCUCCACCUUUGCAGCCGGUCGAUUUCAGUAACAUUCUAAAGAAGGGUUUACUGUUGAACGAAAACAAGGAACUGAUCAAGAUCGACUACAAUCAGGUGCCGGCGAUGAAUUACUCGCAGCAGGGUGCGUCUCCCUGUGAGUCUGAAGUAACUCGGCCUUCGCUGGAUCAUGUUUCGCUACAGCAACAAUAUCGGCCACCUUGGGGUAUCGAUAAAGGCAUGGUAGGAGAAAAUAUUUUAAAAAGCACCUUGAUGUCAAAACAUUUAAACAGUAUUGGGCACGUUGGCAAUUCGGUACCGCUACUGGGUGCUCCAACGCAGGACGAUUCAUCAGAUACGAUGGAUGAAGAUAAUCGAUUGGUGAUAGCGGAAAAGCAGCGUCGCUAUCGAAAGAAGAAUAGCAAUAAUCAUCCACCACUAACUGCCACGAACCAGCUACACUCAAAUCUCUAUCCAACGCAUCAACAAACGCAGUUCUAUCCUCAUAUUCCUGACAUGAUGCUACACAACAAUGUACAUACAGACUCUAAAAGCUUACCGCACAGUGCUGGCAUGAUGGCGAAUCAGAUGCACCAAUUCAAUAAUCUACCGUUUACUGGCCGCCGCACACUUCCUGGAAGUGCAACGUCUAGUUCCGCCUUAACGAACGAAGGAAUGCAAUUUUUGAUCGAAAAAGCGAUACAUGAGAUUAAGUCAAAAUCUUCAAAAACAAACAACGGAAAACGGACGAACGUGGAACGAAAAAAGAGGAAUCAACAGAACACUGGGGGUGUGGGUAGUGUUAUCGAAGAUACAUCCUCACCGCACCCUGCCGUUUCUAAGCAUACGGCUAGCAGACCUAAGAAAAAAAAUGAAUCCGUUCAUCAGCAACUCCAACCAGAACUACCCACAUUGCAUCCACCUACAGAGCACCUUGGCGGUUUUCAGAGUAAAGUCAUCACCAACGUGACGGUACCGGUAACCAUGAGUGCAAACUCCAAGCAACCUCCACCACCACCACAAGAAAAGAAGAAAGACAAAAAGAAAGUGUUCCUCUGUUCGCCCUGCGGAACACAUUACGAGAAUUGGAAUUUGUUCGUGCAUAUGCGGGAAGUGCAUCGCAAGCACAUAUGUUUGUACUGCUUAGGCAUCUUUCCAUCGGCUGGGCGGUUGGUGAAUCAUCUCGAAACGAAGCACGGUGUGCUGAAAAAGCAUCAUGGCAGUUUGGAGGAAUAUGCAUCUGCUUCGGAUAGCAACGCUCAACAGCAACCAUUUUAUCUAAUGUGCUCCCGGUGUGAGCACAUGUUUGAAAGCACCACCAACAGUUUGCUCGAAAAGGAGCAACAGCUCCUUGCGCACGAUUGUGCAAACUAUCUGGAAACGUGCGGCAACUGUGGACAGCUGAAACAGCCCAAGCAUCGGUGUGAUGGGUCAGCAAACGGUACGAUACCAAGUGGCAAAAAGAAGUCAUCAAAAAAUCCCAUUCUUAGUGGCUCGAUGGUCGAUACGUCGAGAUACAACGUAUCACACCAAGCGUUCGACGAUUGUGACGCAACUAGAACGAAUGGGAACGUGGCCAGUCACGGAACAGUAGACACACCGACGAAAGAGCCCGUUUCGGGAAAGGGAACCAGCAAAUCUUCUAGUAAGAAGAAACAACACAACACUGCAACACCACACCUGGAGCACAGCAGUGUCUUGCAGCAAGAGCAACAUCAGCAACAGCAUGCGGCUGGUAGUUCUAUUUUACAAACACAAUUGUUAAGGGAUGUAAAAUCUAUGUUGGAACAGCAAACGCCAAACGAAAAAGGUGAAACUGCUCGGCAUCAUCUUCCUGUAAGCAAUUCCAAUUUCGGGCCCCAACAUCAACCCCUCCUGAAUGGUGGUUUUUCUUAUCCGACGGAAUACAUGGCCCCACCGAUCAUCCAUUCUUCAACUCCUCCAUCUUACGAAUCAAGUAAAACUACUACUGUCAGCACGCCAUUACCCGCUGUGGCCCAGCAGCAAAUGAGUGAGUUGCCACCGCCAGUAGCUGCCACUCCUCCUUUAGUGCCAAAAUUGAAGGUGAAAAUACCGAUUCAGUAUCUUACGCCGAUGGAAAGUGAAGAAUCAUCCGCUGAAAGUGAGGAUGAGGACGAAUAUGAAGAGGAAGAAGAAGAGGAGGAAGAAGAAAUUGACAAUGAGGAAGAGCAUGAAGAAGCGGAAGAUUUGGAAGAAGGUGCGAAGGAGGCGAAAGAAGUGAACGUGGAACUGUUAGCUGCCAUGGCUGUUACAGUUGGAAACGAACCUGCUGAAAACAGUGCUAUUCUUCAACCUGAAGCAACUACAGUGAUGACGCAUCCCGCAGAGCAAAUGACACCAUCUGACGAAGUGGAAAGUGGCAACCAACAAGAACCUGAACAGAAUGAAAGACAGCAAGAAAAUGCAGUUAUUGCAGAAGAUACUGCUUUGCAGGAACCAGUUCCAAUGGACAUUGAUGAAAGUCUUCAGAUAGAACGAAGGCGAGAUGUUCCAGCUAGGGUAUCUAUCGAUUUCAACUCCCCAGACGGAACUAUAGCUCCUGAUGUAGAAGCAUCGUCAAGCAUAUUAAAUCGGGCGGAUGAGAACGCUUCAGCACCUCCAAAGCAACAGGAAGCGUCGUCGAACAGUUUAUCUACUUUAACGACGCAUGGUACUUCACAAGAAAAUGUGUUAGAAAAAGUAGACCACGGUGAUGAUUUAACUAGAAAUUCGCCAAAACCGGAUAUCAAUUCUACGAGCGCCGAAUUCGGUGACGAUGGAACAGCAGUUCAGGCAGCCCCUUCCGAGUCAAUAUCGGUGAUGGGUGAUGAAGUUAUGACAUCAACCAGUAACAGCAGUAAUGCUCAACCAAAUGACGUUUGUUUGGCAAAGGAUCAAAUGGUGAUUGCCGAUGGUGACGCUCAACUGUUCACUCUUACGCUAGACGAACCUCUGGAUCGUAUUCCGAUUCGGGAGUUUAUAAGAAUAUGUCUGCGCGAAACGGUUCCGUACUGUCUGUAUUGUAACCAUGCCCGCCGUAUUGCCGUUAAUGGCCGUCAGUUGGUACUACACAUUAUCGCAAUGCAUCGGUUCCAGGCUACCGUGAACAGUAUCACCGGUGAGGAACUGUUGCCUGAAACGAUUCUGCAACGUUUUCUCAACGCACUGGAUGAGUUGGAAUCGGAACGUGCGUACCUGAACAUGGAAACGUUCGACAAUUCCUGGACAAUGGAGCAACGUGCGGCGGUACCGUUUGUGAAGGUGUUUGAGUGUUUCCAGUGUCGUUUCGGCUCCGUUGUACACAAGGAACUUUAUCUGCACAAUCGCAAAAUGCAUCAGAAGUCGGUGCUGUUGUGUCUGAUGUGUAAAGGCAAUUUCUUCAGCUAUAGCGAACUGCUGUGUCACAUGUGCCCGGGAGUGUCGAACCACACGAACGCCCUGGAUUACAUGUUUCGAUGCUGCGUGUGCAACGUGGAUGGAAUUCCGUCCGCCUUUCGGUUGAUGGUGCACCUGCGCAAACGGCAUUACGCCUGUGACGUUUGCUUGGAGGAGUGUGUAGAUCAAGCUCGGCUCUCGAACCAUGUUUGGAAGCACAAGCUGCAUCACCUGUGCUAUAGGUGUGGCAUCGGCUACCGCAACAAGGCGGACAUACUGAAGCAUCUAUUCUGGAAGCACGGUACGGAGGGUGUCCUGUGCAAGCGGUGUCUGCAGAAGAAAUGGCCUCAUGUGUAUCACUUCUGUGUUCCACCGGCCCAGUUCGUGUGCGAGGUGUGUCAGGCAACGUUUAAUCGUUCAGUAGCACUUAAAGUGCAUCGGCGUCUGCACAGUGGCGAUGCGAAGUAUCCCUGUACGGAGGAUGGCUGUGAAAAGCGGUUCAUUUCGAAGAAGCUUCUGCUGAAACACGUACAUCGGCAUGAACUUGAGAAAGCCGAGAUGGAAAAGGUGCAAAUUGACGCCAACAUCGAAGAGGGUCAUCUAUUGGGCGUUCAGGACGGUGCACAAGAAACAAAGUUCGAGGAUGUGCAGGAGGAGAACGAAUUGGAGGGUGCUUCCAAAGCGGCUACAUUGAAGAUCGAACUACCGGAAAGCAAUGAUGAUGCGACGGAGAAUUCCGCAACGAGCGCUAAAAAUCCAGAUGAGAAGUGUGAUAGUGAAGCAAAUGAUCGAUCUGAAGAAGAAAUGGCUGAGAAAGAGACGAUUAAAAAGGAGAAAAUGGACGAAUUGACAGAAACCGGGAACGCUAGUGCUGUAGAAGACAGCAACGAGCAACCGGCGGCGGGAGAUUUAACUGGCAAGGAAUCAACAAAGGAUCGGGUUACCGAAGUUGCAGCACCAGCAACAGCAGGAACGACUGAAACGAGCGAUGUGUCAACUCCGUUGAAGAAAUCAAAGAAGAAACGAAAGGCAAAGGUCGACGAUAAGUCAGUAGUCGACCUGAUGAAUUUGCCCGCUUUGAACCUCUCCGAAAGCGACAGUAGUGAUGAUUCGGAUAACGAUAAUUCCAAUGCUAGCUUCACCUCCAGACGCUUUAUGGAUGUCACUGAAAUGACAGAGACUGGUGUCCAGCAAGAUGAUCCGAUGGCACCAUCGCAAUCGUCAAAGUUGGACGGAGGCACGAGUGUUAUGUCGGCAGAGCCGGAUGUUGCUGAUAGUGAACAGCAAUCGAAUAGUGUCUCUUGCACUCUUGCAGCAGCAGAUGCAGAUGAAAUAACAGAACCAGGUGAAAGAUCGAGUCAAGAACUGUUGGCUUCAUCGUUGGAUCCAAUCGCAAAUAUUUGGAACAACUUCAAGCGUUAUCAGGCGAAUCAUCGUACCGCUAGUCGGAAGCAGUCGGCGGACGAUGAGCAGCGACUUGAAGACGAAUUGGUUGAGCGGAUGUUGAAAAAUACGAUUCUUCACGUAUCUCAGUCGGAUCACGAUUACUGCAUGAUGUUUAAACCGAUUUCGUUGGAGUCCGAGUUGGAGGCCGAACUGCUUCUAAGCAAACCUCCACAAGAGUCGCUUUUGUUGAAAGUAGGAAGUAGAGGUUUGGAAGAGAUUGCUGAAGGAGAGUCCCGUCGUACACCCGAGCUGGCAGUCCAAGGUUCUAAGGUCAAGCGUAAUGAGAAUCAAUCAUCGGAUAGUGGAGAUAGUAGCGAUUCCGAUUCGAGUUGCGAAUGUGGUUCUAACUGUAGUUGCAGUUCGAGUUCGAGCAACAGUUCCAGCUCCAGUUCGGAUGAUUCUGACAGCUCAGAUAAUGAAGACGCAAGAAAAAGCAAAAAGAAGGCAACAAAUUCUACUCCAUCCAAGAAGGAAGGUGAUAACAUUAACACCGCUCAUGGUUCUACCGCUGAUGAUGAUCUCGCCCAGCCAAUUGAGGCACAAGAAGACAUGCAAGAGGAAUUGCUGCCACCACCGGAACCGGUUGAUCCGGACAGUGUGAUUGUGGAUUCCGACCUGCACACGGAUGAGUCGGAAACGGAUGAAGAAUUUUACGACGAACAUCCACAAAAGCUGGCCAACCAGCUGCUGGCUGAGAAGCGGCGUCAACUACUGGCCCAGACGGGUGCAUCGAGUGUCAUGAUGAACUACGGUAUGGUAGAAAACAGUCGACCGUCAACACCUUCGCUUCCGCCGGAGGAAAUGGUGCAGGGCAAGAAGAAGGUGAAGCCGAAGAAACGCAAACGAGAACGGAAGUCCUCCAAACGCUUCAUGUCGCCUGCAAUGGUAGGUGUUGAAAACGUAGAACAGUCGGUGCCGGUCACCGUUCCAGUUGCACCAACUAUGGAUGCAUCGUACAUACCGCAACCGAUCGUUUACCAAUGGCCUGGAGAAGGAAGAGAAGAUCAGUCACAGAUGAGCAACUUUACGCCAAACGUUUUCAUCGAUACAAGCACUACGACUACCAUUCCUACAGCAGCAGGCGCUGUCCAACAGCAUCUUCAUCAACAGGGAAUGACCCCGUUAGAAUCCCCGGUCGUACAUCAAUCGAUCCCAGUACAAUCCAUGCUGCCAACGUUGGCCGGCGACGAUGUGGGAAAAAUUGGUGCUCCACGUCUUAGCACUGGUAACAGUUCCGAAUCGGACGCACCUCUGAAGCGUUCGCAACGUAGCAGAAAGCCAAAUAAAUUCUACGGAUAUACUAGCGACGAUGAGAGUGCGGGCUCUUCGCUCCCACUUCCGUGUGGCAUAACACUCUCGACUAAUCCGGAAAAAUCGAUUCUUUCGCUGAUGAAACCCACCCCACCGCCGAAUUUGGUGUGGAGUAAGGAAGAUCUACCAUCACCUCCAGCCAAGUCCAGCAAGGGGACAGGCAGCGGCGCUGGUGUUAGCAGUAAGAUGUCCUCUUCCUCGUCAUCCGGUGUACGACGCAGUGUAGAUCAUCUUACACCGGUAUCGUCGAGGCGCAAUUCAGGCAUUGGCAUAUCGCAGGAUGAGCUAGGUGCCGUUCCGCCAGUAGCUGCACUGAUCGAACAACAACCGAUCGUCUAUCCAAUGCCGGCAGCACCAACGAUGGUUGGCACGAUGCUUCUAGGGUCGGAUCUAGUGAGUACUCCAACCGCUCAACAUCAUCCACCGCUGCCGAAACUGAAACUUUCGCUAGGCAAAAAGUCGUCCAUCGCUAGUGUCACACCGAAAGGUAGUGGCAAGCAAGCUGGUAGUGCCAGUAGACGGCGCAAGCAAACACCGAAAACACCGAAAACACCGAAAGUCAAAGCACCCAAAUCUGCACCCCCGAUUAGACCAAAUUUCCAAUCGCCGAUGACUACCUUAGGAGCGGGACCACUGUCAGCACCCCACGCACUGCCUGGUGCAGGCGCACUGUACCAGCUACCAGCUGUUGCCGAACCACGACCAAAAAUUCCACCGAUCGGUUCGUUUCCCAGCAUACAGACUGACCUGUUCCGACCGAAUCAGAUCCGAGUUCCGGCAGGAUGGCGUGCACCGAAGGAGGGUGAAUCGGUUUACUGUUACUGUCGUGCUCCGUACGAUGAAGUGUCGGAAAUGAUAGCUUGUGAUGAUGACAACUGUCGCAUCGAAUGGUUCCACUUUGAGUGUGUCGGUAUUAUAAUGCCGCCGAAAGGCAAGUGGUAUUGUCCGGACUGCAAGAUUAAGCAGGCCCAGUCGGGUGUAACGGUUACGGCGACGGAUAAUGAAGGUGUGCCACAGGCUGGUGGUCAAUGUGAUGCGUCGAAAAAUGCACUGUUUGCCGCCGACGGAGAUGGCCGGGGAAUGUCUUCCUUAACAGUUGCGACAACCACGAAUGGUGGGGCCAGUGUAGCACAACCAUCAUCUGCCUACAGGCACUGGGGUCAGCAGCCAUAG